AUGUCAUCGUUCCGAAUUCCAUCCGCCCCUGUUCGCGCACUCAAUCUUGGCUUGCUGCCAAAGAGUUCACCAAUCUAUCAUGCCGCACUUCAGAUCCGGGCAAAGAGCACAGCAGCGGCAUCAACAGCACCAAGUCCUCGUAGCACUGAUCUCUGGAAGAAGCAGAGCAUCAACAACAAUCACAGCAGCGAAGCCUCGACAGGAAAUACGACCCUAGCUCAGGCACCCAUAUAUACCACCGGACUCAGCCGUCUCCGAGAACACUAUACCACCUCCAUCCAGGAGGACAUCAUGAUUACAUCCUACCGACACCACCACAAGCAAAAGAAACAGAUCCCGGAGGGCGUUAAGGUGGAGUUGAAGGGUAACAAACACCUGAAGCCAUUGCCAAGGGCAUCAUCACCGACAGAGAUCCCAGAGUUGGUCAAGAUCGACGUUCACUGCAUGAUGAAGGAGGCGAUUACGAGCAAGUACAACCUGUUGAGCGGUGUCAUGGCGAUCCAAUCUAUAACAGGAGAGACACCGGAGAUCAUCUUCGCCAAGAAGGGCGUUCAUAACUGGAAGCUUCGGAAAGGAAUGCCUAUUGGUUGUAGAGUGACAUUGAAGGGCGACAAGAUGUAUCAGUUCCUGGACAAGCUAGUUGAAGUGGUUCUUCCAAAGAUGAAGGAGUGGCCUGGGUUGCCUGAGGGAUCAGGAGACGGCACAGGAAACAUUGGAAUGGGAUUCCCCCCGUCGGCGCUUUCGCUCUUUCCGGAAAUCGAGAGCAACUUUGAUAUGUAUCCUCGGAUGACGGGAUUCGACAUUACGUUCAACACGACCGCAUAUACCAAUAUGGAUGCCCGGCUCUUGAUGAGUGGGUUUAAUAUGCCCUUCCAAAAGUCCAACUCUGGUGGUGCUGCUGCUGCAAGGAAGGAUUCUUCUGCAGCUGUUGGUGAGGCUAAGAAGGCUGAAGACCCAAAACCAACGGACGCAUAA